UUUAGCGUUUCAUGUCUCUAACUGAUUUGAAGAAUUGGGUACAAGAAACGGGAAAGGAGUAUGGUUACGUAAUUGUUACCCGCCGAUCAAAAAAUAUUGGCGGAACUACUGGGAUGGUAUGGCUUGUGUGCGACCGUAGUGGUGAGCACCGUAGUAAAGCAACAGUUAGGAAAGCUGGUAGGAAAAAAAUCGGUUGCCCAUUUUCAUUACUCGCCAUCCGGGACGUGACGAAUGACACGUGGGAGUUAAAAGUGGACUGUGCGAACCAUAACCACGAACCUACGACGAGUCUGUUGGGCCACGCUUUUUUGCGAAGAUUUACUAAAGCCGAAUACAAGCUAGUGGAGCAGCUAACUGCUCAAAACAUGGAGCCACGUAUCAUAUUUCAAACCCUAAGAAAGCAGUUCCCCGACAGCCUGCACGUUAAGAAAGACGUGCAAAAUGCGGUACAAAAAAUUAGAGCGACAAUAAUGGACGGAAAGAAUCCUAUUCAGGCACUGGAAAGCCUGUUGCAUGACCGCCGAUUCAUUUACGACACCCGACAGGAUCCCAAAACAGAUGUCGUAACAGAGAUUUUCUUUGUUCAUCCUUAUUCAAUCACUAUGUGGCGUGCAUUCCCGCACGUGAUGUUGAUCGACGCGACCUACAAAACAAACCUCUACAACAUGCCAUUUGUCCAGGUUGUGGGUAUGACGUCGACUGGGAAGUCUUUUUGUAUCGCACAUGCCGUUAUUUGUAAAGAACGAAGGGGUAACUACGUGUGGGUGCUUGAGCGGAUCAAGUCAAUAUUGCAUGAAUGUAUGAUGCCGCGUGUGAUAGUCACGGAUAGGGAGCUUGCCCUAAUUAACGCGUGUUCUAAAGUAUUCCCGAACACAACCAGGCUUCUAUGCCACUUUCACAUCCAACAAAAUAUAGCUAGACAGUGCAAGAAAGGGUUCGAUAAAGAAGAUUGGGGGAAAUUUAUGUGGUACUGGCAGAGAUUGUGCGAAUCUUCAUCAGUGCCCAUGUACAAGUACAACUUGGAGAAAAUGUAUAACCGACUCGUGGUUACCAACCGAGAAAGUGUCUAUGAUUACGUCUACGAAAACUGGCUCAAAGACUAUAAAGAAAUGUUCGUUUAUGCGUGGACCGAUAAGUGUCGCAACUUUGGUCAGCCGCACCACCAACAGAGUUGAGAGCCAGCACGCAAAUUUAAAAAGAUACAUUACGCGCGGGAGUUCAUUGGAGCCAAUAGCAAGAUGCAUCAUUGAUAUAGUUGAAACUCAGUACGAUGAAAUACAAAAACGUUUCACUGAGAGCAUCGAAAAUACGGUGAACCACCACAGACACCGAAUGUUGGACAACCUACGUGGAAAGGUUUCCCAUGAAGCACUUGAUUUGCUGGCAAAAGAGCUAUUGAGGAAGAUGGAGGUGUUGUGGAAACUUAACGCAUCAUGUGGUUGCCAUAUGUGGCUUAGCAAUGGAUUGUCGUGUGCUUGUAGGCUGGAAAACUACAAAUGUACAGG